AUGGGUUUAACAUCGAAAUUAGAAAAACUCAAACUUAAAGAGUUGACUGGUCAUGAAGCAGCUGUCAAAUCUAAUGUGGUCAAUGGAGCUGAUACUGAUGAUACCGAUGAUAUCGAUGAAAUGGAUAACGAGGGACAGUCAAUUCUUAUGGGAAUCAUUGCUCAGUUGAGACCAGGAAUGGAUUUGUCAAGAAUUACUCUACCAACUUUUAUUUUAGAGAAGAAAUCGAUGUUAGAGAGGAUUACCAAUUUUUUUCAAAUUCCAGACAUGUUGUUGAAGGCCAACAGAACUUCAGAUGAUGUCGAAAGGUUUGUUUCAGUUCUUGCGUGGUAUUUGGCAAGCUGGCAUAUUGCACCAAAGGCAGUUAAAAAACCGUUGAAUCCAGUAUUAGGAGAAACUUUCAACUGCUAUUGGGAGAAUAUUUCGGAUGAUUGCUCGGCUUACUAUAUUUCAGAACAAGUUUCCCACCAUCCACCUAAGUCUUCUUACUUUUAUUUAGUUCCUGAGGCUAAAAUUAAAGUUGAUGGAAUUCUUAUUCCUAAGUCUAGAUUUUUGGGUAAUUCUUCAGCUGCAAUGAUGGAAGGUUGGGCCCACCUUACAUUAGGGGAGCAUGAGAACGAAGUGUACGAAAUGAACCAACCAAAUGUUUAUUGUCGAGGAAUACUUUUUGGCAAAAUGAAAAUGGAGUUGGGCGACCACAUGUACGUGAAAUGUCGAAAGACUGGUCUCGAAGCAGAUAUUGAUUUCAAAACCAAGGGUUUUAUUAGUGGCACUUAUGAUGCAAUUGAAGGUGUUAUAAAGAAUUCAAAAACUUCUGAAGUGUUGUACCAAAUAACAGGUAAAUGGAACGAGGUCAUGGAAAUCAAGGAUCUUAAGACAGGUAAAAAAAGGGUUUUGGUUGAUACAAAGAGUUCUGUUCCAGUAAAGCCAAGAGUCAGACCAUUGGAAGAACAAGGUCAAUAUGAGUCAAGGAAACUUUGGAAACCUACAAUUGACGCACUUGCCAGAAGAGAUCAUACAGUUGCAACUGAAGAGAAGUUUGCAGUCGAAGAUGAACAGCGUAAUUUGGCAAAGAAGAGAAUUGAUGAUGGGGUAGAAUUUCAUCCUAAAUUUUUCAGACCAGUUAAUGAAAAAGAAGUCGAAUUACAAGAUUUAGAGUAUGUCAUUUACAAGAAAUUUGACUUGAAAAGCAACCCAGAAGUUUUGACAGACGAAGUGUUAAGUAUUGCACCAAUUUUGCCUGGUCAAAAACAUGAUGAGAAAUUUGAAAUACCAGCAUUCAAGAAACAUGAAGAAACUUAA